AUGAGAGGAUACUUCACAUCUUCACUUUUCCUGCUUAUUGAUUUCGCCCCUUUUAUUCAGGGGCAAAAUGCUGAAGCAUGGGGAACGCUCAACGCCUCAAUUGGAGGACGUCUUUUCACAGACAAGCCCUUCGCGCUACCAUGCUACUCGCUAUACAACGGAAACACGGCCGAAACCAACGAAGCGGCUUGCUCUCUAAUUCUAGAUAACUACACAACCAAUGCAGUCCGCGCAGAUAUCCCCAGCGCGUAUCUAAAUCUCCAAGGCGAAAUCUGUCUUGGGGAUCCUUCGGACCAGUGCACUCUGGACAACACCGUGAUUCCAGCCCCACCACCGGCCCCAGGAGCGUCCUGCAACCAGGGGAGUGUCCCGGCAUAUUACAUCGAGGUCCGGGAUGUCUUGGACGUCAAUGCAGCGUUGGAUUUCACACGCAAAUACAAGGUGCCUCUCGCUAUCAAGAACAGCGGCCACGACUACAUGACUAGGAAUAGCCAGAAAGGAUCGCUUGCUCUAUGGGUGCACAAGCUGCAGCAACUCACUUACCACGCGGCCUUCGUGCCGGAAGGAUGCUCGGCUAACGCAAGCGUGGGCCGUGCUAUCACGGCGGGCACUGGCGCCAGGACAGGCGAAAUAUACGAGUUCGCUGCUGCCCACGACAGCACUUUUCUCGGCGGAUACUCGCACACGGUUGCGGCGUCGGGGGGCUGGGUGCAGGGCGGCGGGCACAGUGUCUUGUCGCCCGUAUACGGCCUCGGCGCCGACCGCGUGGCUGAAUUCAAGAUCGUGACGCCCGAUGGCGUCCUGCGCGUCGCCAACCAGUGCCAGCACCAGGACUUAUUCUGGGCUCUGCGCGGCGGGGGCGGGGGCACCUUCGGAGUCGUGCUCGAGGCCACGCAUCGCGUGGAGCCGUCAAUGCCUGUAGCGGUGGCCAGCAUCCGGUUGCCUGCUAAUGCCACAGCGAAUACAGCGAUGCGGUGGAUCGAGCUUAUGGCGCGGCAGUCUGUGGCCUGGGGUAAGCAGGGGUGGGGCGGCCACGCCGCGGGCCUGUAUCUGACGUACAUGAAUCCAGCGCCGGCGAUGGCAAACCUGUCAGACGGCGGCGUCACCGCGGAGACUUCCAUGCGCGCCGCCACGGACUUUGCACUUGCUGCUGGAGGUACGAGCGUGGUGGAGGUGCUGCCCAGUUACCUCGCGGUGUGGAAUAAGUACGUACUCCCAGGUGCGUUGACGUCAGCAGGAGUCAUCCGCGUGCUGUCAUCGAGGCUCCUACCACGGAGGCUGUUCGAAAGCGAAGCGGGCAUCGCCAAGGUCAUGGGCUUCCUGGCAGCUGCUGGGGAACUGGGGUUCGACCCGCGGGGCUUCUACUGUCCGGUGGGUACUCCUUUCGUCUAUGAGGGUGCGACGAAGCUGGAUGUGAGGAAUCGUACAAGGCCUGCGACGUCCGUACACCCGGCAUGGUAUGAUGCUCUCUGGGACGUUUCGACGUCCCUUACGGUGGCCUGGAACGCAUCGUACGCGGAGCGCCUGCAGAAUAUGACAGCUCUCACGAGAGCUACGAUCCUUGCUGAAGAGCUGACCGGCGAUGAUGGAGGCACGUACACAAACGAGGCAAACCCAUUCACGCCGAACUGGCGCAGGUCGUGGUGGGGCGAUAACUACGACGCCUUGCUUAAUGUCAAGAAGAAGUACGACCCGAACAGGCUCUUGAAUUGCUGGAAGUGUGUUGGGUUUGAGGAUGAAGACGUCUAUAGCGAUAGGUUUCGGUGCCAAGGGAAACUACAGCAAGAUGUUGACCGUAACUUCGCUAGGUAA